AAGCAAACUGAGGCAAAGGCGAUAGUUGGUAGUGCCAGGAGAAGCCGGUCCUGUACGAGUAACUGGCAAGGUUACAAGGGCCAAGCUAAGCAGGUGGGAAUAGAGGUGUUGGGGGAGGAAAAAAAAAAAAAGAUGGGAAAGUGGGCGUGGCGAGGACUAUGAUAGGUGUUUGGGGUGGGGCUUGCGAGGCGCCUGGGGGACGCGCCCUUGAGAGUGACCAAUCAGAGAACUGGCUGGGGCCAGGGACGGGAUGGGGGCGUAUCUUGGUCGAGAUCAGACCAGUGCAGAGCUCAGGGAGCCGCGCACCGCUCAAGGGCCGCCGGUUUUAUAACGCAGUGGCGGCGGCAGUGGAAGGCGGUUGGACCGCAGCGCAGUGCCUGGAUCUGACACUCUUUGGCUUGCCUCGGAAUUCCUUGGGUUCCAGGUCUGUUCAGUCCUUUCCCAAGGUUCGCUCUAUCCUCUGUCCCCUAACUCUUGUCCAGCUCCCGACAUCAGCGUUUGCAGAACGAAAUGGUCACAGCCAUGAAUGUCUCAGAUGAAAUAGAGCAGAUAUUACAGCCCUACAACUUCGAGAUGUUCCAGGACUUAAGGCCCUUUUUGGAGGAGUACUGGGCAAUCUCAUUUGCCAUAGCUCUGAUCUACCUGCUGCUCAUCUUUGUGGGGCAGAACUACAUGAAGGCACGGAAGGGCUUCAACCUUCAGGGAUCUCUCAUCCUUUGGUCUUUCUGCCUUGCAGUCUUCAGUAUCCUCGGGGCAGUGAGGACAUGGGUCUAUAUGGGGACCUUGCUACUUAGGGGGAGUCUAAAGCACACUGUGUGCUUCACCGACUUCAUCAACCAUCCCAUAAUCAAAUUCUGGUCCUGCCUCUUUGUUCUCAGCAAGAUCAUUGAACUUGGAGACACGGCCUUCAUCAUCCUGCGUAAGCGGCCACUCAUCUUUGUGCACUGGUACCACCACAGCACAGUGCUGGUGUAUGCAAGCUUUGGAUACAGGCACAAGGUGGCUGCAGGGGGCUGGUUCAUGACCAUGAACUAUGGUGUACAUGCCAUCAUGUACACCUACUACACUCUGAAGGCUGCCAAAGUGAAGCCCCCCAGGUGGUUUCCCAUGUUCAUCACCAGCCUGCAGGUCCUGCAGAUGUUUAUGGGAGCCAUUUUCAGUAUCCUGACUUUCAUCUGGAGACAGCAGCAGGGAUGCCACACCACAACGGAAGAGCUCUUCUGGUCCUGCAUCUUGUAUAUGACCUAUUUCCUCCUUUUUGCCCAGUACUUCCACAAAACCUACAUAAUUCCCAGGAUCAAAGCCAAGACCAAAAGCCAGUGAAGGGUUGAAGAAAAAGGAGCCCCAAAGUCUCCUCUCCCGAGGCAUUGAGGUGCUGAGCUUACGUUUGGGAGAAUGAUUAGGAUUCCUUUCCUGCAUGGUUUCCCCAUGAGAUUUGCGCCCCUAGGUGGCUGGAAGUUAUGACAGGCAAGAAGUGUCACCCCUGGGAUGGAGAUGUGAUCUAGUACUUUGAUGUUUCUGUUUUUAAUGUGAAGGCCAAGCAGGCCCUAGCAUGGGGGUGGGAUGGAGGAUGCUCCCCAGAGCUGAGUUAUUUAUAGUUCCAGAAAUCUUUCUUCUUGCUCUGUUUUGGCAAUUAAAGAUUUCA